AUGACUACGGCUGCCCAGCAGCACCAGCAGCUACAGAAUCAACUGGCUGUCGAUACAUACGACCCUGAUGAAGUUGUCCCGCGAGGCAGUCCUCUGAUGAAAGCGCUGCACCCGAAGCUCGAGCUCUCCCCCAGUCCACCACCGGACAUUCCUCCCGCACAAGUCAGUCUUAGUCCUCUUCCCACCGACGACUAUCCAAGGUCUAAUCGCCCAAAGAUUCGCCCCAGCUCAGGGGAUGCCGUUCUCGUGGCAUAUCUUGACAACGGCCGUCGCCCAGAGAUUGCUCGUGCCGCCGGUUGCCGAGCGCUCCCUGGGGUCGACGAGGAAGAAGACGACGGUCUGGUUGGAGACCCAUCUUCGCCUGGACAAGUUGCGGCAUCGCCAAUGCAUGUUCGAUCCAACGGGAGCGCGUCGGAACCUAGGGCUGCUAUGACAAGCCCGAGUCUGCAACACCUGGCGGCAGAUGCUCUUCAGGUAGUGACGACAGAUUCUGGGCGCGCGUUCAUCCCAAGAGAAACCCCAGAUAUUGCAUUGUCGACUCGCCAUUUGUCAAUCAGUGACGAUAGGCCGCACAAUACUGCUUACCACCUGUCUUCCAGAGAUCCUGCAAAACACAAUGCAAUAUCUAACAGUGUAAACAAAUCUCCCGUCACCAUGCUCACACCAGCUAGCGGUGGCUUACCGCCUCUCCAGAUGGACUCGCCGAAAUCUGAAGCCAACAGUCACAUUCUCCCAUCCAUACGGUCGACACUGGGCGAUAUUAAUCACAUUCCGUCUGAACCGCCAACGCCAGCUGACAAAGAUGUGCCGACACUGCAUUGUUCCGGCAAUCACUUCUCCCAUGCCUCUCCAGGGGCCAUAAGACGUCUACCUCCCAUGCCGGGAUCGCAUGUUUCUCCACCGAUCUCUCCGAAUGAGCCCUAUCAGCUCAGCCUACCAUCACCACGAUCUUUACCCGCAUCAAGCCCUUACAGUGGUUAUACCUCGAACGGCCUUAAUCAUCGGCCCAACGCUGAGUAUGUCUCGAGUGCGGGUGGUGAGACACCCAGCACAGAGCAAUCUGCUCUAACACCAUCAACAACCACUUCUGUCGUGGACCGCAUGAGCAUUGACGGCAUAACCAAUCCACCCAUUGGGCUGUAUGUUUGCAACUAUGCAGGUUGCACAGCAGCACCCUUUCAAACUCAGUACCUGCUAAACUCUCACGCCAACGUGCAUUCGUCUGCUCGACCACAUUAUUGCCCCGUGCAAGGAUGCCCCCGAAGUGAAGGUGGCAAAGGGUUUAAACGGAAAAAUGAAAUGAUACGGCAUGGCUUGGUACACGACUCACCCGGCUAUGUCUGCCCAUUCUGUCCGGAUCGGGAGCAUAAAUAUCCGCGUCCUGAUAAUUUGCAGAGACAUGUUCGGGUGCAUCAUGUUGAUAAGGAUAAAGACGAUCCAAUGCUUAGAGAAGUAUUAUCACAGCGACCUGAUGGUCCCAACCGUGGCAGAAGGAGACGAGGAGGACAACCCUAG